UGGAAGGAAGCUGAGAUGGAUUGCUGCAGAAGGCAUCGACAGGACCGGAGGCGUGCGAAGGAGAAGAGGAGUUUAUAAGUUAGAGCUGAAGGACAACGGAGUUGGGAGAGGGGUUGGCGGUAUUCUUUUUUGCCAUUUAGGCCUGUCUAGGGCAAGACGGUCAAAACUCCUAUUUCAUCCCUACAAAACUGGUGUGCGGAACUACCUCUGAAGAUGUUGGUUGGGGUUAAGCUUAUUCCACGAGAGGAGCUUCGUGAGCACGAGGAGCAUAAUUGAAGCGCAGACAAGCAGAGGAUGAUGAAUAGGAAACAGGAGAAGCACCGCCGCGAUACGUCUGAUGAGAGCUCAGAGAGGGAUGAGCGGCGUGCAAGAAAGUGCAGUAAGAAGAUGAGGAGUGGGAGUUGGAGUUGGAGUUGCUCGGAUGCUGAUUCUAAUUCCUCUGAGAGAGUAACCAGCAGUUAUUCUGGUAAAGGGGAUAAAACAUCCAAAUGUCAAGACAACAGUUCUCGACAUGAGAGGGACGGUAGAAAAAAAAGGGAUAGGGUUGGUAAAAAUAAUGGGAAUCAAAGUGGUACUGUGGAUGAGAAGAAAGGCUUAGAUGGUGAUAUAUAUUAUAUGAUUGAUCGUAAUAAUGGGAUUUUGAGAAAGGAGAUGGGUCUUCAGUGGAUGCUUCGAGCUGGCAAUAGUCUGCAUGGUAAUCCAGUACCAACUAAAAUUGAGCAAGACGAGCUUCUAGUUGAUGAGCUACCAAAACGAAUGUUGACUCAGAAAGUGCGUUGUCAAUUUUGUUAUGAGAACCAAUCUAGACCAAAGCAUCUUGUUAUAUCGAUGGGAAACGUCACUUACAUGACGCUUCCACCAUGGGAACCUAUUUUACAAGGCCAUUGUUGCAUUCUGCCGUUGCAGCAUGAAUCAGCUACCAGGACCAUUAACACAAAUGUCUGGGAAGAAAUUCGAAACUUUAAGAAGUGUCUCUUGAAAAUGUUCUCUAGGCAAGACAAGGAUGUCAUCUUUCUUGAGACUGUUAUUGGAUUAUCUAGGCAACGUCGGCAUUGCUUAAUUGAGUGCAUACCUAUACCUUCUCAAAUUGCGAAGCAAGCUCCAUUGUAUUUCAAAAAGGCUAUUGAUGAGGCUGAGGAUGAGUGGGGGCAGCAUGACAUGAAGAAGGUCAUACCAACUAGUGGGAACUUGCGGAAUGUUAUCCCUGAAAACUUCUCCUACUUUCAUGUUGAAUUUGGGCUGGAUAGAGGUUUUGUCCAUGUCAUUGAUGAUGAUAGCAACUUACCUAGUAGCUUUGGCUUGAAUGUAAUUCGAGGCAUGCUACACCUCCCUGUGGAGACCAUACACCAUCAUCACAGAAGAGAACCAGCUGAGAAACAGAAACAAGCCGUUGCCACCUUUGUCCAGGAAUGGGAGCCCUUUGAUUGGACCAGGGAGCUUGAUUGAUUUGUACAGUUUACCCCCUAGCUUUGGGCCAAGCUGUAGGUUUAGAUGCUCUCCUUAAGGUAUACAUUGUUAUAUCAUCAUUUUUCUCAUAUAUUCAUUUAUUUUUAUUUUGUAAAUUGUUUGAAAAUACAAUUUUCAUGUCAGUUAGGACAUGCUUAUCAUUAUAUUAUGUCAAUGCCAUGGAGCUUGUGCUACUACUCAUUUUUAGUUAUUGAAUUAUGGCAUCACAUUCAUUUUU